AUGGCAGAAAAACAAAUUGACAGCACAGAACCUAUUAGUGAAAUGGACUCACAUUUAAAUUUGCGGUAUGUUAAAGGCGUAUGGACACGUUUUAGAAAUAAACUGAAAGAGGAAAUUGAAAAAGCAUCAGAAUUGUUAAACGGAGAAUCUGAGGAAUGUGAUUUGAACGGAAAAAUAGACAGUGCUUCGUCAUUCAUGGACAAAAUUAAUUUAUAUCGAGAAAAGGUAGAGAAGCAAAGUGAAAAACUAGUAUUAUCAAUGGGAGAUAGCGAUGAAAUCGACACGAUUGUGGAUGAUGACUGCAGUUUGUGUUCCAGUGCAAUGGACAUAUAUGUAGAAUUGAAAUAUUUCUUGAGUAAGCUGUAUCAUGCAAAAGAAAAAAUAGAAGAAAAACCACAGGAAGAUACAGACACCCAUAUGUUAAUACAACUACAACAAAAUAUGCAAGAAUUGAUAUCUUCACAAAUGAAUCAGCAAGAACUUGCAAAAAGGGCAGAAUACGAAAAAUUGUCAGCAGUAAAACUACCGAAAAUAGAUAUGAUAUCUUUCGCAGGAGAUAAAACAAAAUGGAUUGAAUUUUGGGACUAUUUUCAAAGUGCUGUUCACAAAAACAAAAAAUUAUCAGAUGUUGAAAAAUUUACCUACUUGAAAGGAAAGUUAUAUGGGGAAGCAAGAAGUUCUAUCAGUGGAUUAGCAAUGACGAAUGACAAUUACCAACAAGCUAUUGAUAUUUUAAGAAAAAGAUUUGGAAAUAUUGAAGAAAUCAUAGAAAUUCACUACAAAAGAUUAAUCAACAUUCCACCAGUUACAAACAAAGUCAGCAAUUUGAGGAUUUUCAUAGAUGAAGUAGACCAACAUUUUAGAAGUUUAAAAGUAUUAGAUCAAAGUAUUAAUCAAGAAAUUAUAGUAUCAAUCGUCAGGUCAAAACUACCGGAAGAUGUCUUGUUGCACUUGGAAGUGCAGAAAGGUGUUCAUGAAAAAUGGACAGUUGAAACUUUGAGCCAACAACUUAAUGACUUUAUUGUUGCAAAAGAAAGAGCUAUGAAAGAGUCAGAUAUCAAAAAUCGAAGUGUCAUUAACAGUACAGUUUAUGGAGGAAACAACUUCAGAGGGAGUCGUACGUCACAUGAAUUAAAUGAUAGAAUGAAACAAAGCAAAGAACAAAAAUCAAAUGAAUUAUCUCAUCUAAAAAACACAUCUGCUGCAGCACUUACAGCAAGAGAGAAAACUGAUUCCAGAUAUCAACCACUGAAAAAAUGCCGCUACUGCUCAAAUAUUCAUUGGAGUGAUGAAUGUAAAAAAUAUGCUACCGUAGCUGAUAGAAAGAAAUUAUUAAAAAAUUCAUGCUUCAAGUGUUUGAGGGUCGGUCAUCAAGCAAGAGAAUGCAAAACAAGAAAUAAAUGCUAUCAUUGCAAGAUAGUCAAUGUACAUCACAGCAGUUUAUGUCCGCAAAAAUUUCCACCGCUAUUCAAAUCUUAUGAAAACGUCCAAAUGGUCGAAGAAAAAGAGAACGUAAACCAUGCUUACCCAAAUAUUGAGCCAGGUCUUCUUUCAUCAAAUGAAACAGUUUUGAUGCAAACAGCAACAACACAAAUACGAAAUAAGGAAAAUGGAAAAUAUGAAAACGUCAGAUUAUUGUUAGAUUCUGGAAGUCACAGGACAUAUGUUUCAGAAGACUUGGCAACUAGAUUAAACCUUAAAUCUACAGGAGAACAAAACAUACAGGUGAUAACUUUUGGGAGUAAAAAUCCAAAGCCUAUCAAGACAAAAACCACAACAUUACAAUUAAAAAAGACAAAUGGACAAUAUAUGUCAAUUACUGCAAACAUUGUACCAAAUAUUACAGGAAAUAUCAGUAGAAAAACUAUAAACUUGACGUCACAGAAAAAUUAUGAACAAUUGACUCAAAACCUUACAAUGGCAGAUUGUUUACCAGCUGAAAGUGAAACUGACAGAUUAGACUUGCUAAUUGGAAAUGAUUAUUAUUUGGACAUUGUAAAAUCAGAUAAAAUUGAAGUGCAGUCUGGACUCUAUCUAUUGUCAUCAUGUUUAGGAUGGAUAUUAACUGGCAGAACAAAAGUAGAUGAAGAUGAAAUGUCAAAUCACACUGAUGUGAACAUGUUGAUUCUACAAUAUGGAAGCUCUGAAUCAAAUCUAUUUACCAGCGUAGAUGAAGCUUUGCCAACAAAACAUGAAUUAGAGGAUUUAUGGAGUAUUGAGUCACUUGGAAUAAAACCUGUUGAAAAUUCCGAAGAUGAGAUAGUCAUGUCAAAUUUUAAGGAAACAUUACAAUAUCAUGACGGACGGUAUUAUGUGAAUUGGCCAUGGAAAGAAAACAAGAAUGAUCUACCUACCAACCGUGAACUUGCAUUAGGGAGGCUUAAAUCAACAGUAACAAGACUACACAAACGACAUGAUUUGAUGGAAAGGUAUGAUAACGUUAUAAAAGACCAGUUACAAAAAGGUGUAAUCGAAAAAAUUGAUAAUACAUCAGAACACAGUAUUAAACAUUAUCUGCCACACCAUGCUGUUCUUACUCCCGAGAAAACAACUACAAAAUUGAGGGUCGUUUAUGAUGCAUCGGCAAAGACAAAAUCAACAAAUAAAAGUUUGAAUGACUGCCUUUACCGUGGAACAGUUAUGAUACAUGAUUUAUGUCAAAUGUUAUUGAGAUUCAGAUUACAUCAUAUAGGUAUAGUUGCAGAUAUUGAAAAAGCAUUUCAUCAAGUAGGAUUACAAUCAGAAGCUAGAGAUGUCACAAGAUUCUUAUGGUUAAAAGAUAUUGAAAAGGGAAUGUCAGACAUGUCAAAUGUAGAAGAAUAUCGAUUUUGCAGAGUGCCUUUUGGAGUUAUAUCUAGUCCAUUUCUAUUAGGUGCUACAAUUGAAUGUCAUCUUGACUCUUAUGAAAACGAAAUUGCAUCAAAACUGAAAAAUGAUAUUUACGUUGAUAAUCUUAUCACAAGUACAAGCACAGAGGGGGAAGCAAUACAUUUGUACAAUAAUUCGAAAAAAAUGUUCAAUGAAGCGUCAAUGAAUUUGAGGGAAUGGUCAACAAAUAACGAAAAUGUAAAAAACUAUAUACGUUCAGAAGAUAAGUCAAAUUCUAGAAUCAGCAAGGUACUUGGACACAUGUGGGACAUUGAAAAUGACACACUUGGAUUAGGCACUUCAAAAGUGUUUAGCAAGAAACUAAAUGUUACAAAAAGGAAUGUAUUAAAGCAAGUUGCGUCAAUAUUUGAUCCGUUAGGUCUGUUUUCACCGGUUACAAUGCAAGGAAAGAUAUUUAUUCAAAAACUAUGGAACAGAAAGCUUGACUGGGAUGAAAAUGUUAACGAAAAGGAAUUAAAAGAAUGGAGUAUAAUACAACAAAACUUAGAAAAACUAGAGUCAGUGAAAGUAAAGAGAUGUCUUUCAACACAAAACAAACAAAAGGAUGUAAAAAACUAUUUGGUGUGUUUUACAGAUGCAUCGAAGAAAGCUUAUGCUGCGGCAAUAUACCUGAUACAAGAAACUGAAAAUACGAGGGAGUCUAAUUUGAUAUUUGCAAAAACUCGAUUAGCACCAAACAAGGAGAUAUCAAUACCACGACUGGAACUUAUGGCUGUAUUGAUUGGAGUAAGAUGCAUGGAAUACGUUACAAAAGGGUUGAAAAUUAAUUUACACGGAAGGUAUUUGUUUUCAGACUCACAAUGUGUGUUAAAAUGGAUUAAAACAGAAAAAGGACUUAAUGUGUUUGUAAAAAACAGAGUAACAGAAAUAAAAAGUCAUAGAGACAUUGUAUUUGGUUUCAUAUCUACGAAAGAAAAUCCAGCUGACAUUGGAAGUAGAGGAAUUACAGCAAAUCAGCUAGAAUAUUGCAAGUUAUGGUGGCAUGGACCUAAGUGGCUAUCACAACCAAUCAAUCUGUGGAAAAGCAACAAAGUGAAUGAAAUGAUGCACGACUGUACAGAAAAAGAAUGUAUGUCAGAAAUAAAGAAUAAAGAAUCUAUGAUGAUAUCACAAACAAAAAAUGAAUGUGAUAUUGAUUGUAGUACGCCGUUUGGAAUAAACAGUGAAAAUUAUUCAACAGCUUCAAAAUUGUUUCGGGUGACUGCAUAUGCACAAAGAUUCAUCAAAAGGUUGAAGAAAUGUGAAAAAAUUGAAAAUGGUUCAAUAAAAAUAGAUGAAUUAGACUGUGCAGAAAAACAGUGGAUUUUACACAUUCAGAAAAAAUGGUAUAAACAUGUAUUUGAAUCGAUUCAAACAGGGUCGAGUUUAAAUAUAAAACAACAGCUUGGAGUUUACAUAGAUAAAAAUGGCUUACUUAGAUGUCAAGGCAGACUUGAAAACAUAAACCUUAGUGAAACAGCGAGAUAUCCAUAUCUACUGCCAGAAAAGGAUCAUGUUACUCGUUUAAUCAUUGAGAGGGUCCAUAAAAAGCAGCUUCACAGUGGAUUAUCUCAAACGUUAAGUGAAUUGAGAUACAAGUAUUGGAUUCCAAGAGGUCGCGCUACUGUACGCGGGGUGUUACAAAAGUGUAUAUUAUGUCGCAAAACGGAAGGCGGUGCAUUUAAAAUGCCGCAAAUGUCAGCCUUGCCGAAAGGACGUGUGACAGAGGCUACAGCUUUCACGAGAACUGGGUUAGAUUACUUAGGGCCUAUCAUGAUAAAAACUAAUGGGGAACCUAAAAAGGUUUGGAUUUGUUUGUUUACGUGCCUUGUUACACGUGCGGUACAUCUAGAAAUCGUAAUGGACUUUUCAACAGAAGAGUUUUUAUUAGCAUUGCGUCGAUUUAUUGCACAACGAGGGGCUCCAAAGGAAAUAAUUAGUGACAAUGCAAGUCAGUUCAAAUUGGCUAAAAAUACGCUAGAAUUAAUUUGGCAGAAAACAAUAAAAUGUGAUGAAGUUCAAAGUUAUGUAUCAAAUUGUGGAAUAAAAUGGACUUUUAUAGUAGAAAGGGCACCAUGGUUUGGAGGGUUUUAUGAACGAUUAGUUGGACUAGUAAAAAGGUCAUUGAGAAAAACAUUAUGUAACAAGUUGUUGACGAAUAUUCAGUUACAAACGGUAAUCAAAGAAGUAGAAAGUGUGCUUAAUUCAAGACCACUUGUUUAUGUUGACAGCGAUAUAAAUUCAACAAUUACAUUAACACCUGGACAUUUUUUAACACUUAAUCCUAAAACUGGAAUAUUUGAAGUUGAUGUUGAUGAAAGUGAUCCUGAAUAUGAUCCGUAUGAAAGUUCAGCCAAAAGAAUGUUAAAAAUAUGGAAAAAGGCACAAAAACAAAAACAAUGUUGA